GCCGGUCACAUGACCGCCUCCCAUUGUCCACCAGCUGCAGGGCGUGUACCAUCGCCGGGCUGUGUUGACAGAUUGUCACGCAGCAUCCCACCCGGGUCUUGUCUGGCUUCCCACGCGGGAUGAAGAGCGCGUGUCGCGGCAUGAAUGUGGAGGAUUUACCGCUGGAUGUUUAGAAGCUAGAAAAAAAAGUGACGCGUUUGCAUCGUGGCACCUUCCUAAACGAAUGACGCGCGUUGUCUUUGCUGCUCGUUCAUCAGCGCGGUUCGUUGAGGGCCAGCAUGUCCAAGAUGAAGCAGUGCGAGGCAGUCAGGGUGGUGGCCCGCUGCCGGCCCCUCAGCAAGAAGGAGGAGGCAGCAGACUGUCAAACCAUCCUGGAUCUUGACCAUAAACUGGGCCAGAUCACCAUCCGGAACCCCAGGGCUCCACCUGAUGAGCCCAUGAAAGUCUUCACCUUCGAUUCGGUCUUUGGCCGGGAGUCCAAGCAGAGUGACAUCUACGACGACGCCGUCAGACCUCUCGUGGACUCUGUGCUCCGCGGCUUCAACGGGACCGUCUUCGCUUACGGACAAACGGGGACGGGCAAAACUCACACCAUGCAAGGUGUGCCGGGGGACCCGGAGAGGAGGGGCGUCAUCCCUAACUCCUUCCAUCACAUCUUCACGCACAUCUCCAGAACGCAGAACCAGAAAUACCUGGUCAGGUCCUCCUACUUGGAGAUCUACCAGGAGGAAAUCCGAGACCUCCUGCGCAAGGACAACAACAGGAAGCUGGAACUGAAGGAGAACCCGGACUACGGCGUCUACGUCAAGGACUUGUCCUCGGUGGUCACCAAGAACGCCGCCGAAAUCCAGCACGUGAUGAACCUGGGCGACCAGUCCCGGUCUGUGGGCAUCACCAACAUGAACGAACGCAGCUCGCGCUCCCACGCCAUCUUCGUGGUCACCGUGGAGUGCAGCCAGGAAGGACCGGACGGCGAGGACCACAUUCGGGUGGGGAAGCUCAACAUGGUGGACCUGGCUGGGAGCGAGCGCCAGAGCAAGACUGGCGCCAAGGGGAAGCGCCUGAAGGAGGCCACCAAGAUCAACCUCUCCCUCUCCGCCCUCGGGAACGUCAUCUCGGCGCUGGUGGACGGGAGGAGCAGCCACGUCCCCUACAGGGACUCCAAGCUGACCCGCUUGCUGCAGGACUCUCUGGGCGGGAACGCCAGGACCGUCAUGAUCGCCACCGUGGGCCCCUCGCACAGGAACCACGCCGAAUCCCUGGCCACCCUGAGGUACGCCAGCCGGGCCAAGAACAUCAAGAACAAACCUCGCGUCAACGAGGACCCCAAAGCUGCUCUGCUCCAGGAGUUCCAGGAGGAGAUCGCCCGGCUGAAGGCCCAGCUGGAGGAACGAGGGACGCUGGCCAGGGAGCGGAGGAGGAGGCGGGACAGCAAGAGGCUCAGCAGGUGCCUGGCCGGUUCGGACGGGGACGCCGUCUUCCGAGAGAAGGCCGACGAGGACGAAGGCGACGACGGCGUGACCAAGGAAAAGUGGAACCAAGAGGAGAGGAUGAGCAUGGACGACGGGCAGUGGGAUCAGGAUGCGGUGGAGAAGAUCAUCGAGAAGUACAAGGCCAUGGAGAGCAAACUUCUGGUGGGAGGCAAGAACAUCGUGGACCACACCAACGAGCAACAGAAGCUGCUGGAACGAAGGAGGCAGGAGAUCGCCGAGCAGAUUCGUCGCGAGCGGGAGAUGCAGCAGCAGAUGAUGCUGCGCGACGAGGAGACCUUGGAGAUGAGGGAGACCUUCUCCUCCCUGCAGCAGGAAGUGGAGCUGAAGACAAAGAAGCUGAGGAGGCUGUACGCCAAACUCCAGCUGGUGUGGGCGGAGAUGCGCGACAUCAUUGACGAGCACGUGACCACCCGGCAGGAGCUGGAGCAGACCCAGAACGAGCUCACCAGGGAACUCAAGUACAAAUCCCUCUUGAUUGAGAAUUUCGUGCCGCCCGACGAGAAGAAGAAGAUGGUGAGCAGGCUCCAGUUUGACGCGGAGGAGGAUCAGUGGAGGCUGACGUCGGCGGUCCCGUCAGAGAGUGCGUCCACACGGGUCCGGAGGAGGCCUCUCUCCACCGUGGGAUACAAGCGGCCGAUCAGCCAAUACGCGCAAGUCGCUGUUGCCACGGCGACCGGCACGCCGUCCAGAUAUCAGGCUGAGAACAUCAUGCUACUGGAACUGGACUUGUCUCCACCAACCAUGUUCACCUUGAACCUCAACGGGGCUCAUCUGGAGAGAGCGUUCUCCCCCCGCCUCGUGCCCGACUCCCCGGCAGACGCCUCUGUGCGAGACAGGACUGGUUCGUCAGCGCGGGUCAGGAAAUCCCAGUCGUGGUAUCAAGCUCCACAAGCAGCAUGCGUUUCACCAUCCCGCUCGUCCAGCACCCUGACCUCAUCUCAGAGUCCCAGACCGAGACCCUGCUCGGAGGCCCUUCUCCGGACCAGCCCCUGAGUGGCAUGUGUGCCUGCGUUGAAGCAAAUCAGUCAGCAUGAAGCGACCAAAAGAUACGAGCUGCUUUGUUAGUCUGCUUUUUGUCUUCUGCUGCUUUCAUGAAAAGAUCUCUGGAUGUAACCUGAGGUCAGCAAAAAGCACAACAGGCGAAAGCUUUAAUAACGUCUGGUGUUUGAUUUGGGGUCAAUGUGGGACAAAGACGGGUUUAGCGGGUAUUGUUGCUGAUGUGUUGCUUGCUGCUAAUGUCACUGCGAGGCAAAGACAUGUGGCAUUAGCUAAAUUAGCUGCCUUAUUUUUUUUACUGCUGUGAUGUUGUGAGAGGUGAAUUAAUGUACUUUAAAAUGUGGAAAAUAAAGAGUUAAAAAAAAUUAUGUGUCC